AUGCCGCUGGUGGGGGGUGACGUCAACGUGGAUAACCUCCACGACGCCGACCAGGCUGGUGUGGGCGCAGCCGCCAGAUCAGAGAGCUCAACACGAUGUGGGCUAGGGGCGGUAGGCCUCAGUGGACCAGCAGCCGCGACGACCCACCCCAGCAAACUCAAGUUGAGCCGCCGCCUCCGCCUCCACCUCCACCUCCUCCUCCACCCCCUUGACCCCGUCCCAGGGCGGUUGAGCUCUGCAGCGACACACCAGCAGCGCGCAGCAUUAGCAAAGAUAGCAAGCAACCACGCCCCGAUGUCCAUGGCCCCGCUCAGCUUCCGCCCGACAGCCACCGCGCGCCCGCGGUUCCACUGCGUCGAUGACGGCGCCGACCGGGACGUCAGCUUCCUGCAGGACGUCCACCCCGACGUCGGCGACGCGCUCCUGGGCUUCGUCUACGACCCGCUCGACCCCGCCGUCAACGCCGGCCUCGACGAGUUCCUCAACAUCCCGCCCUACGGCGACGACGACGACGAGGACGGCCAGCAGCGCUGCGCCAAGAAGCCGCGCGCCGGGGGCUUCGAGGAGGACUCGUGGUUCGACUUCACGGCGGCGGACGGAAGCCUCGCCCAGAAGUGGGACAAUGCCUGCACGCAGCAGGUGCCGGAGUUCCUCCCCGAGUUCGUGCUGCCACUGCCCCCGCCCCCGCCUCCGCCGCCGCAGGUGUACCCGCCGUUCGUGCGCGGAGCGGACGCCAAGAAGCUGCAGGCCGCGGGCAACGGGUCCUCGCAGAGCGCCGCGGCGAGGGAGCGCCGGAGAAGGAUCAGCGAGAAGACGGCGGAGCUGUCGCGCCUCAUCCCCGGCGGCCACAAGCUCAACACCGCCGAGAUGCUGCAGGAGGCCGCGCGCCACGUGAAGCUCCUCCAGGCCCAGGUCGGCAUGCUCACCCUCCUGAACAACAUCGAGGACGAGAAGGUGCCGGCCAUGGCGCAGGAACACAUGCACGCGCUGCUCGUGUGCGGCGGCAUGCAGGAGCGGCUGGCCGCCGAGGGCAAGUGCCUGGUGCCGAAGGUGCUGGUGGACACCAUUGCCAAAGACGCCGCCGUCAGAUCGAACGCGCUGGUGAACAGGGACCUCACCCGGUUCACGGAGUCGCUUUUCGCGGAGAAGAAGUAGCCAGGUGCGCGCGGAGUCGCCGGUCGUGGCUGCGGCGCGCGCGCAUCGGAGCGCGCGCUCGUGCACGGCGUGGGCGUCCUUUUUUGAGAACGCCGCCGUGCAUGCAUGCGCGCGCCACCGCUUGUCGUCGUCGCGUGUAUUGCUGACCCCUGACGACGACGACGCCUGUCUAUAACUGAUCGGUGGAUUAGGUGUAGGCAGUCACGAUUGAUUUAGAAAGACCACGUCCUUUUAAUUUCAUUAUUACUAGUAUAUUUUAAUUCGUUUCGUAGGGCACCUGUGCAGUGACACUGACAUUGUGUUCCACACAGCUGAAUUUUGUAAUAAUCUCUUCACUGAUGUU